GCUGUGGGCUUUGUUUAUCUUAAAACACGUUUCAGUUCAAUCCCCACGACACAAUGAGGAGGAACCACAACAAGCUGAGGACGUACGAGCUCGACCUGUGGUGCUGAAAUCAUUUCAUCGUCCCGUAUAGACCAGGCCAUGCCAGUGCUGGAGGUGAUCUGCAGCCUCAUUGGCUGGCUGUGCCUCUACUUUUUGUUCUGCUGCACCUUCGCCCCGGGGCCCGAGUGGAACUGUCGACUGGUCACUUUGUGCCACGGGGUCAUCAUAGUGCUGCUGACGGCGUACGUCGUCUUCAUAGAUGGACCCUGGCCCUUCACACACGCAGGUACGGAGAACACGGAGCUCCAGGUCUUUGCCUUGGCCGUCUGCCUCGGCUACUUCUUCUUUGACAUCGGCUGGUGUGUGUGCUACCACACAGAAGGCCCGGUCAUGCUGGCCCACCACGCCGCGAGCAUCCUGGGCAUCCUGCUGGCGCUGCUCAUGGGAGUUUCAGGCUGCGAGACCUGCGGGGUGGUCUUCGGCAGCGAGCUCACCAAUCCCCUGCUGCAGACCCGCUGGUUCCUCCGCAAGCUGGGCCUGUACGACAGCCUGCUGGGCGACGCCGUGGACCUGCUUUUUAUCGUUUUGUUCGCCUUUGUGCGUGUGGGAGUUGGCACGGUGAUGUUUUACUGUGAGCUCACUUCUCCCAGGACCACGCUGGUAAUGAAGCUCGGCGGCGUGGUUAUGUACGGACUCGCCUGGGUGUUCAUGGUGGACAUAGGCAGGUUUGGCUACAAGAAGAGCAGAGCCAAGUAUAAAAGGUGGAAAGAAAACCACAAGCUCAAAGAAAUCAACGCACAAAAACUGGAUGGACAUUCGAACAAGAGUGACUGAAGGAAACUCAUCUUAACAAAGGUCUUCAAGCUUGUGUGCUGUGUCUGUCCAUACAUGGGCUUCAACAGCUUUAAAGGUGCUAUAUCCUGUAGCAUCUGACAUCAACAAAUCAUUACUACAGGUUGUUGUAGCCAGAAGUAGAGGAGGUCUUUUCAAAAUCACGAUAUCUGAAUGUCUUGUUAUCGGUUAUUCAUUUAAGAGGGAUUCUCUGCUGAUUUAGUGUUUGCUGUUCCAUAAGGAUCAAGUGCAUGUUGACUAAGAUGAAUUCACUUUUAGUCCCUAGUUUAGGCCCAACAUUUCCCAACAUAGAGUGGGUUCAGUUCUGGUUUGUGCACUGAAUUUUGAACCUUGACCUGAAGUGCAAACAUCAGCAGGUGUGUCAUAUUCUACGAGCUUGGAAAAGAAAUCCUUGAUUACAAUUGGUGCAAUUGUUUGAAAAGAGUUGUCAGUGGACCCUCCCUGCCUGGUCAAAGCACGUCUUUCAAACUCCACCUCCACUAUAACACAAGCUUUCAUUAAAAAUCUGAAGCCUCAAACCCAAAGAGAGAGAAUAUCAUCAGGGUUAUUUUCUAAGACUACAGAGAACUCCUGCAGAACCACAGAGGGCAUUCAGCAAUCAAACAGCUAAAGCCCUGUUGUGAUGUUUACUCUUUUCAAAGCAUGUAAGCUAGCUUUGUACAAGACAUCUGAAAUUUUUUUUUUUUUGAUAUGUUAUGAGUGCGUCAAACAUCUUGGAUGAUUCGGUUCACCUGGAACACACCAAGGAAUAGACCCAGUCUGAAUUGUUUUGACUUCUUCUUAAAAAACAACAAGGCAUUUGGUCUUUGCAAACAGAAAUGAUGUAUUUAUCUGUGUAUAGAGCAGGGAAGUGAGAUCCAGUCACAAGUGGUCACAUGUGGAGACGACUUCCAAUGCCAGGUGUGAACUGACGUAUCUGGAUCUGUCCACUUGUGAUUGGAUCAACUGAGAUACAAGUCGAACAGGGACAGAUAAAUCACCUUUGACCCUUAAGGAGCAACACCCAAACAACAGGAUUUCUGUGAUCUUAAGAAAAUUUUUCAUGGCUGUUAUAUCAACUUAUGACAAUAAAUAACAGAUACUCACGUUUGAAAAUGUAGCAUGUCUUAGCAUUGCUUCAGCAUUUCAUAGGACAUCUCGAAACGCUUUGCACCCUGGAAAUACAUCAAACUGGUUUUCUCCUCUCUGUUUACCAAGUGUGCUUUGUAAAUGUUCUGGUUUUCUAUGGUGCAUUGUUUACACUAAGAUCCAUGUACAGAAAUAGCUCAGAACCAGGAAGUUAAGAGUUCAUCUGAAGCUCAAAUAUUUGUCUAUGUAGCAAAAGUACUUACAGCCUAAAUCCACAAGCAAAUGUCAGGGAUCAGUGAGUGGGAUGUUAUAGUCUGAGUCACUUUUUCAGGUCAAACUUUAGCAAAGAAAGGUGCUGCUGCCAUAAUGUAUAUGUACAUGCCAGAUCUGCUGUAGGAGGAAUAAAUCUGUGAUUCACUUUUUCUUGUUGCUACAGUCUGACUUUACCUCAAUCCACCAAACCUGUACGGAGUAUUUCACAAUAACAUGUUUUUAUCUGCGACAGAAUCAGGUUUCACGUAGCUGAAGUAGAAUCAGUGUUCCAGAGUUUACAUGUUAAAAUAAAGCUUUUGUGAAACAAACUUUUGUAUUACAAAUGCAGCUGCAUACAUCCAUAAAUGUUUUGUGAUUACAGCGAACAUGAAGUUUAUUUUUAAUCAAUCCCUCAUACACACUGACCUUCUGCUACUCACUACAGCUGUGAUCCCAGGUCUCAUUGGUGUGUGACGAAAACAAUCAAUAUUAACUUACAACCUCUCACCAAGUGUUACUAUACUGCAUUUCUGUGUAGGUCAUUACUGAGCCUUUUUUUAAUUGAAAUCUAUAAAAAUAUAGUUGUAUAUUUAAUUAAUUUUUGAUUUAUGUCUUCAGUAAGAACCAAUCGGCUUGAGGUUAAGUGCAACAGAUGGGUAGCCAAGUUAGAAAAUACUAACACAUGGUUUGUUUUGGUAUUUCAUGGGAUGUUAGAACAUAGAGGAAUAUAAAAUAUCAGCAGCCAUUUUGUUUUCUAAACAAAGACAGCGAAACAUGUUAACUGGGUUAAAAGCAAUGUAAUAAAAAUAACAUCUUGAAAAGAACAUUUGUAAAACAAAUUAACGCUUCAUGGUUACUUUACCCUCACUUUAAGUAGUUUGUGUUAAAACAUUACAUGACUGCACUGUGUAAAAAAGCAGCAACACACAAAACACUUGAUAUACAGUCAGAAUUGUACAUUAUAUUCUUUUACAUUAAAUCAGUCCAUUACAAUCCUUUUUUAUAUAUACUUUUAAGGUUAGUCUUUUUUUUUUUUUUUCAUUACAAAAAUCAAAGUCAUACUGUGGUCUGUGCAGUCUAGUGGCCACUGAAUAUUUGAGUCUUUUCAGUCCAGACAUGAAGGUGAAGUGCAGAUGUCUGAUGAGCGAAUCUUUGUAGUUUGUACCUACAGGUAAAGGAGCGUAUAACAGGUUGAUGUUACAAGCUGAGGAUGGCUUUUAUGAACAGAUUGUUGCAGAAACAAAAAGGAAUCCUGGAGAAAACUUCUGCAUUCAGUUAGUUUUUAGUGUUCAUGAGGAAAAACUGCACACAGGUUAGUCAGUCACCUCACUGUGCACACUAACAUGGGAGGUGAGUGGAAGUAAGAAAAAAAAUCGGUCUGGAAUACAAAAGGAAAUUCUACAAUAAAACUCGAUUCAUUAAAUUCACUUGUGCAUAUGUUGUGAAAAGCUUGUAUCUAUUACAUGGUGUAAUGUUCUCCACCAGAAGAAACACCUGCAAUUACACACAAAGUGAACAUUUCUCUCCUCAGCUGCUGUUAUUUUUCCUCUUCUACCUUUCUUACUGCACAGUGUUUGUCAGAAAGAAAGGUUUGUCUGAACAAUGGGGGAUUUCAUGUCAAAGAGGUUCUGUUUUUACCUCCAUCUGUCUGUUUUACUCUUCUGUCGGAGUGGAUGAGACUUUUACAGUGAUCUGGAUCUAUGAUUUCAACGUAUCACCAUCUUCAUUUGCUUGACAUUUUAUGCUACAUUAAAGUGCUAUAGGAAAUUUAAAUUUUUAAUUUUUAAUUUAGGCACUUUAAAGUCAUAUAAUAAGUAUCAGUAUACUGUGCUUGUGUGCUAUUUUCUCAGACAAUUAAACCAAUAAGACGACUGGUAAACAAACAGCAGUUGCAGCUUUGCAAAUGGGACGAUUAUUAUUUGGAAAUUUGAGGCUUGAAUCAUUUCUGCUGUUUGCAGGAAUAGUUCACAAUUUUGAGAGAUGCUGUCGUUUGUUUUC